AGAGAGAGAGAGAGAGAGAGAGAGAGAGAGAGAGAGAGAGAGAGAGCAACAAACUCAACUAUCGCAAAAGUGGAAAUCAGACAGUGUCAGUAGUGAGCGCUGCUUUUCAACGCUGCGCUUUUACUCCGCGGAUCCGCAUUUUACUGCCAUCAACAAACACGCGCUUCUGUUUCAAUUUCAAUCCUGAACAUAAAGAUCAAAACAACACGGCUUGUGUCAGCUGGCAUUGGCAUGAGCUAACCCGAUCAGACAUGGAAACCAAGCCAUUCUUAUCACUGGGGUUCCUGAAACCCCAGUGCUCGCUGGCGCCGCCCCCACAGAGAGGCCGCUCGGGGGAAUCCUGCUCCUGUUUCAGCGGCAUGUGUCCUCUCCAUCAGCGCAGACUCUCCACAGCAAAGCCUUCAUAUCACUUCCAUGAUGAAGCAUUUAACGACUCGGGUCAGGUGACCCCAUCUCCUCUGAGCUCUCCCACGUCCCACCGGCCCAUGCAUCCUCCCCUGCUGAGCCCGACCUCCAUCGGAGCCUCAGGAUCCCUGCACUCACCCAUCAGCACACUCAGCUCGCCAAUGAACGGUCUCGGCUCUCCCUUCUCCGUCAUCAGCUCUCCCAUGGGUCCGCACUCCAUGGCAUCUCCCGGCAUGGCCUACGGCCCCAGUGUAAGCCCACAGUUGAACUCGCCUAUGAACUCCGUCAGCAGCUCAGAAGACAUCAAGCCGCCGGUGGGCAUUAACGGCAUGAUGAAGGUGCCAGCGCAGUCCUCGGGGACCCCUCUGUCUCUCACCAAACACAUAUGCGCAAUCUGCGGAGAUCGCUCCUCUGGUAAACACUAUGGCGUCUACAGCUGCGAAGGCUGCAAGGGGUUCUUUAAGAGAACAGUACGGAAGGACCUGACCUACACCUGCAGAGACAACAAGGACUGUGUGAUCGACAAGCGCCAACGAAACCGCUGCCAAUACUGUCGCUAUCAGAAAUGCCUGGCAAUGGGCAUGAAGAGAGAAGUUUUUUUGCAUACAGCCGUUCAGGAGGAGCGGCAGCGAGCCAAGGAUCGAAAUGAGAAUGAGGUUGAAUCAAGCAGCAGCGCCAACGAGGACAUGCCUGUGGAGAAGAUCCUAGAGGCCGAACUCGCCGUCGAGCCCAAGACCGAGACGUACAUCGAGACCAACUUGGGCAUGCCGUCCAAUUCGCCCAAUGAUCCAGUCACUAACAUCUGCCAGGCAGCAGACAAGCAGCUCUUUACCCUGGUGGAAUGGGCCAAGAGGAUCCCACACUUUUCUGAACUGCCCCUGGACGAUCAGGUCAUCCUGCUGAGAGCAGGCUGGAACGAGCUGCUCAUUGCAUCGUUCUCGCACCGCUCCAUAGCCGUAAAAGACGGCAUUCUGCUAGCCACAGGGCUCCACGUGCACAGGAACAGCGCCCACAGCGCCGGCGUCGGAGCCAUCUUCGACAGAGUGCUCACAGAGUUGGUGUCAAAGAUGAGGGACAUGCAGAUGGAUAAAACAGAGCUGGGCUGCCUACGAGCCAUAGUGCUGUUUAACCCAGACUCCAAAGGACUGUCAAACCCCAGUGAGGUGGAAGCUCUUAGGGAGAAAGUUUAUGCCUCUCUGGAGGCGUACUGCAAGCAGAAGUACCCUGAUCAACCCGGGAGGUUUGCGAAGCUGUUGCUGCGGCUGCCUGCGCUGCGUUCUAUCGGCCUCAAGUGUCUCGAACACUUGUUCUUCUUCAAGCUCAUCGGGGACACGCCCAUUGACACCUUCCUCAUGGAGAUGCUGGAGGCACCCCAUCAAAUGACGUAAACAUAUCAAAGAGGAAGAGGAAAAGAGGAAGCUAGCCCCUCCUCCUUAACUUAACAAGACUGAUCAUGUGCCGUUACACACAGGAGAGGGGAUCAGUGUCUCGUAACGUGCCCCAAAGGGCCUCUUUUUUUAUACCUUGUAUAAAGAUAUAAAUAAAAUAUUAAUAAUUGUGAGUGGGACUCAAAGGCAACAAACAAUACAGGACAUGAUGAUAACACGAUGAACCAUAAGUUCAUAUGUGGUUAAAUGUAAAAAGAAAAAAAGGAAAGGAAAACACAACAUGAGUUCUUAAGACAGAAGGAUUGCUGGAAGUGUCAGGGGACCGUGAUGCCGGUCUUGAGAAGGACAGGACCGAGGCUGUGGAGAUGAUCUUGACUACAGGAGAAGGAAAGCGAAGGACGAGCUCCACAGCAAGGCUUCGACAGCCUCAACAACAACCUGCUUCAGGCGUCUAUGGAGAAGCGCACUCAGAGACGGAUUAUCGGACGUCGACGUAAUCAUGACGACGAAGACGACGACGAGGAUGAAAACGGCGAGCUUUUAGAGCAGGAGAAUCAAGCACUAGGAGAAAAUGGGAUACAUUUAUGGCUUUGAGUGAAAACUCUUGGAUUAUUGAAUGCUUGGCUGUUACUGACUUUCUGUUCUUCAGCAGACUGAUGAACAAUACCGUCCCACUGUUUCAACCGUAUCUCGUGAGGGGACAGGAAGCAAAAACUUGUUGGUCGCAGUGACUCCGCUCACGACUCCGCUUGACUUUCCACUGUGUCUCGGUUCCCGUCCGGACGUACACGGAUAUUUUUGAUCACGUAGUUUUAGCCUUCUUUGUGUUUUAGCCUCUUGUCCACACAAAAAUACACCGUGGGUCACUGGAUAUAAAGCUUUAAAAUUUCACGUUUUCUUGUGGAUCUGAAACACACCGUGAGAUUGUGCUUGUUGAGCAUGUGUCGCUGACCAGAUUUACCCGUUCGGGCUAUAAUUUCAAAUAUGACGACGUGAUGAUGAUAUAAUUUCAGAUAUUUGCAUUUCACCUCCUCUAAUGUUCUUUUUUGAGGCAAUUGUCACAACAUCUUUGACAUAUUACGCCCACCUACUGGGUCUGUGUGGUCAUGUGGGUCAUGAGGACGGAGAGAUUUUCGGAAGACACUGUCUGGACAAACAUUCUUUCGAGAACACGGUGUGAGCAGAGAUACGUAUUCAAAAACAAUGUUGGUGCGAACGGAUCUUUUUUCGAAAAAUACCGAAACUACCGAAACAAUUGUUUGUGUGGACAGAUUUUUUUCUUAAGGGAUAAAAACUACGUUUUCAAAAACCAUCCAUGUACAUAUGGGCAGGGCCUCUCAAAGAAGUCCAGUCACUAAAGCAGGUCUUUUGCGGUACAUGAGUUCACAUCCCUCAUAGUCAAACCCAGGUUUGGGACGAUGCUUCACUCGUACACGACGUUACUGCCACACUCAGUAUUCAUUUCUGUUUCACAACAUGUAAUUACCUCUUUCACUCCUCAGUCGUUGGUCCCUGAAACCCUUAUUCCAGACGAAACGCCUCACAGUUGACGCAGCUGACCUUAUGAGGAUGUUCUUGUUUGUUAGCACUUAACCUUGUAUUCUGAGCCUUAGCUGGUUAAUGGGCUCUUGAAGGGAACAGGGGCCAAUGACCCUCCACAACCUGCACUUCUCUGGGCAAAACAAGUGUCGUUUAAGAUUGUUUUGAGUCUGAAAUUUCCUGAGCUAUGUAAUGUUCCUAUAUUCUCCAUCUUUAAUCCUUUUUUUUCCCCCUAACGCUGCUGCUGCUGCUGAACUAUGCAUCUUAGCAUUAUUUCCAAAGACUGCCUAUGGUGAGGUCGCUAUUUUUUUUUUUUCAUUUCAAAGUCUUUACAGCACACCAAACCACAAGUCUCACUUUUAUUCUGGGGUUAAGAGGGGAGCAGGACCAGGGUUUGGUGACCCGGUGCUAAUGUGUAUGCAUACAGAACUCCUUUAUUUGCAGUGAGGAAAUGAGAAAGCUGUGAGAGACUUCCCCCUAGUGGACGACAUGCAGCACUGCAGAAUUACUUGAAGGAUUUCAUUUGGGGGGGAAAUGGCACUUUUUUCAAAGUAUAUCUUUCCUUCAGCUGGACAAAGGGGUGGAGAACAUCAGUGCGUGAUUUAUCGAUCAGUUAAUAGAAUUAACUGAGAUUUAUUAGCAGAUAAAAUAUCCUCUUUUGAUUGGGGAACUGUUUUUCUUGCUAGAUUUUAGUAGCCAGCAAUGAAAAGAGGCUUGAACACAGGAAACAGGAUUUCUGAGGGGAAAAGUUUAAAAAAUUGAUCCACUGAACCCAAAUUUGAAUCAGUUAAUAAAGUAAAAAAAAAUUAUAAAUGACUUCUAAUUCGUCAUUUAGUUUUUGCACUGUAGCUAAGAUGCUAAUCUAGACAAGAAAUGGCACCCGAAAUCUUUUCCUCAGAAAAUGUUCAGUUAUCCGAACGUUUACGGACGUGCUUAGGACAUAUUUUACUUUAGUGUAUCAGAAAAAAGUACAUUACAUUAAUACGUAGAUGAAUUGUGCCACAUUGCCGGCUAAUUUUUUUGUUAGCAAUGUUUGUACGUUUUGCGUCUUACCCUCCCCCGAAUGUUGACAGGCGUCUCGUCUGUCUCCUUUUUGACAAUCCAGAAGAAAAUAGAUAUGGAAAUGAACCGUCGACAAAGUCUUGUGUCAUUUACCACCUGAAUGUAACGUUUUACACAAGAAUACGUCAGGUGACGGACGAUACACGUGUAAACAACAUUCUUUAGCUGUGUGAAGAUUUCAGCAUGUGCUCCUGAAAAAGAAAAGAUUUUGGGUGCAUUAGCAAUAGUAGCUUUGUAGCACCAGUGCAAAACUAAACAAUCUUCAGACACUAAACUUGUCUUUUCUUAGCCUAAAUCAGAUUACUCCUUAACAUCUGCUGAAAAACUGUCCGUAAUUCAGAUUUGUGUCCGUAAUUCAGAUUUGUGGAUAAAACCGAGAAGCACCUACAGUCUUAUAUUUGGGAAAUGGACAACUUUUUUUUUUUUUUUUUAAUGUGAUCAGGUCUUAAGGGAAGGAUUGUCACACCACAGGGAUCCUGAAGCCAUAUGCAGAUUUGUGAAAUCAGUAAGAACAAAGACAAGCUCUCCUGCAGCGUACACAAGUCCUCUGAACUAAAAGAUCGACAUCGUAAACGCUUUAUAUAUACCAUAAAGCUAUAUUUUGUCUAUAUGUACAUGUGUAUAUAUUUAGAAAUUUAAAUAUAUAGAGAUUUAACAAAAAAAUCCUUUCCUUAAAUGUUUUCAAUGUUUCAAUGUAAGGCAAGGAGAGAGAGAGAGAGAGAGAGAGAGAGAGAGAGAGAGAGAGAGAGAGAGAGAGAGAGAGAGAGAGAGAAAGUGCUUCAGUAACAUCUAAAUAAAAACAGGACUAAUUGCACUGUGUAAUAUUCGGAAAGGUUCUACGAGUGUUUAUAUAUAAAUAUAAAAAUUGCUGAAGUACUAGCAGGUCCGAGCGCUAACACCUGAUCACGCACCAGCUCCUUCACUGUUUUACAAUCACAAUCAUCCUUAUGAGACCUCAAGAACUGCGACGAUGAAGCCAAAAAAAAAAGAAAAAAAGAAAUCCACCGUGAGGCGAAGACGAAGCUCAGCUGUGUGUAUAUACAACGUGGCAAUCCUCAAAAACGGGUUUUUCAGGUGCAUUUUUUUAAAACCUGAAUCUUUUCAGCUAUCAAUUAGUGAUAAUCAGGAAAGCCUUUGAUUAUGAUUAUGAUUACGUAAUGUAAUGAAAUGAAAUACGCAUUGUGAUCCGAAUCGACUCCGUGAGUUCUGAAAUAAAGGAGAUUGAAAAAAAUUCUAAUGGCCUAACAAGCAUGAUCUUUGACCGUAACACAAUCACUUGUUUAGUUGCUACAAAAGAAGAGACAUCUAAAAAGAUCUAUUUUUGUACAAUUGUAAUUUUAUCUCUUGCUUACUGUAAGUCUCUUCGUGCCGCCCUUCAUACCUCCUUUCGUGGGCGUUCGUAUACGUCGUGUAAACGUUGAUUUGAUAUAUGCGAAAGAGUGGACAAACUCAGAUCUAUAUAAAAGUCGGGGACAGGAAAGGAGAAGUCUCCGAUGAAGCCCCUUUGCAGCUUUUGCCUGUACUUUCUUUUUUGUUGUCGUUUCUUUUUUCAUCUGUCACCGAGUGUCAGGAUCCUCUGCCUAUUUUUUUGUCUGUUUUUAAGAUGUUAUUUGUGCUUUGUUCGUUGUUGUUCUUUCAUGAGAAUAGGAAAAAAAUUAAAGUUUAAAAAAUGAUGAAA